AUGCAGCUCGCCAUCAUCGUCGUCGUCUUCUUUAUUGGUCUAUACGUGCCUACAUUGAUAGCGUCACGACCCCGAAAAGCCCGGCAAGACCUCGCCAAGAACUUCGACCAUCUCAUUCAAGGCAUAGUCAGCUUCCUACGAGGGCAACGGGUCCCCAGAUAUGAUUCGCAACCGAGAGAAGAGGUCGAUGUGCUCCAGGAUGAGCCGAAUGCUCUGAUGACCAAAGAGCAGGUCGAAUCGGACUUUAGCAUGGACUCGUGGCAGCGACUUGCAUACGAGGAGUUCCGUUCAACCAUCCUCGCCAAAGGAAGUGGACUCAAGACCUUCCCCUGUGUCUAUGCCACCAUGGGAUACCGAGAGGGGUCUCAUCGGUACAUUUUCCUCGAGAGCGACGAUCCCAGCGAACCUCGAAACGUUCGAAUCGUGGCUCCCGCGUUGCGAGCCUAUCUGCGAAUGUCGAAAACUCUGGGCAACAACACGAGCAUGGUGAUCAUGGCAGCUCCAACAGAAGGUGACGUGAAGUCCGUGGAAGAGUACAACCUCAGGUUCUGGGAGAUGCUGCGUGGACUCAGAAUUUGGGACACGACACCUUGGCCAGAAGACUUCCCGCAAGAUACGGAAAAUGCGAAUUGGGCGUAUUGCUUUGAUGGCACGCCUCUAUUUCCAGUGGCUUUGACGCCAGCGCACCAGAAGCGUUGGUCUAGACAUGCUCCCGUGCCUUUGAUCGCACUGCAGCCCAAAUGGGUGUUGGACAAGCUAUUGGGGACACCCGAGAAGCGCGAAGCUGCGACCAGCAAGGUCAGGAAGUUGUUGAAGCAAUACGAUCAGACCGAAAUCAGUCCUGAUCUAACCACAUACGGUGAUGUCGGUACUAGUGAAGUCCAUCAGUUGUGUCUUCUCGACGAGAACGAGACAGCGGAUGUUCCAUUCCAUGACUUCGACAAAGGCGGCUCAUCGGCCGCCUUUUCGCGCCACUCGUCCCGGGCUAGCUCGCGAGCUUCGAUUGAAAGUACUCUCUAG